CUUUUUUUCUUUUUAUUUCUUGUUUGAAAUUUUGAAAGCUGGUUGAUUAGAUCAAUAUGCCAGCCAUCACUCCUCAACAGAUUGGUAACUUACAGCGCAACAAUAAAAAUAUACGAAAUAUAUGUAUUUUGGCUCACGUAGAUCAUGGCAAAACUACUCUUUCUGACUCUUUACUUGCUACUAAUGGUAUUAUAUCUUCAAAGAUGGCAGGCAAGGUUCGUUACCUUGAUUCAAGAGAAGACGAACAAGAACGUGGGAUUACUAUGGAAUCAAGUGCUAUUAGUCUUUAUUUCAAACUGGUCAAGGCUGUACACCAAGAAGGACAAGAUAUCUCAACACCAGUGGCAAGUGAGUAUUUAAUCAAUUUGAUUGACUCACCAGGACAUGUGGAUUUCUCUUCUGAAGUAUCAACUGCUUCUCGAUUGUGUGAUGGAGGAUUGGUACUAAUUGAUGUUGUCGAAGGUGUAUGUACUCAAACCAUUUCAGUACUGCGGCAGGCUUGGAUUGACAAGGUACGACCUAUUCUCGUAUUCAAUAAAAUGGAUCGUCUGAUUGUGGAAUUGAAAUUGACACCUCAAGAAGCCUAUCUUCAUCUCAACAAAAUUUUGGAACAAGUAAAUGCUAUUAUGGCUACCUUCUUCACUGGUGAUUGGAUGGAAGACGAAGCUAGAAAAAUGACAAGUAACCAUGAUGAUGAUGAUGAUGAUGAUCAAGCUGGAAGAACUUAUGAUUGGAGUAUGGAAGAAAGAGACGACUCUGAUAUUUAUUUUGAUCCUGCUCGAGGUAAUGUCAUCUUCUCAAGUGCUAUUGAUGGUUGGGCAUUUAGAAUUCAACAAUUUGCCGUGAUGUAUGCAAAAAAAUUGGGUGUCAAGGAUGGCAUAUUACAAAAAUGUUUAUGGGGUGAUUACUAUUUUGAUCCAAAGACAAAACGUGUAUUACAACAAAAACAUCUCAAGGGUCGAUCUUUAAAACCAAUGUUUGUACAAUUUGUACUUGAUAAUAUUUGGGCAGUUUAUGAUUCUGUGGUAAUUCAACAAAAUCGUGAACGGACAGAAAAAAUUGUGGCAGCUCUCAACAUCAAGGUACUUCCAAGAGAUUUACGUUCUCGAGAUACUCAAACAUUACUCACAGCCAUCUUCUCUCAAUGGUUACCUUUAUCCACUUGUGUUCUACUUUCUAUUGUUGGUCAAUUACCUCCUCCCUGUGAUGCUCAACGACUACGAUUACCUAAAAUGCUCUAUCCUGAUUUACAACACAAAGACAGUAAACCUCUUGAAGCAACCAACGAUGUGGAAAAGGCAUUAUACUCUUGUGAUAUAUCCGAUCAAGCUCCUGUUGUAGCCUAUGUUAGUAAAAUGUUUGCUGUGCCAGCUGACCUAUUACCUGAAAAUCGACGAAAACAAAUGACAGCAGAGGAAAUGCGUGAACGUGGUCGCCAACAAAGAUUAUUACGACAACAAUUACAACAACAGCAAUUGGCUAACGAAGAUAAUGGAAUCCCAUUGCAACCUGAUGACCUUGCAGCACUUGAAGAAAAGGCGAAUGAUAUGUCCAUCAAUGAUGAUCAAGAUGAACAAGAGGAUGACAAUAAUACCAAGGCUGAACAUUUGAUUGGAUUUGCUCGAUUGUAUUCUGGCACCAUCCGAGUUGGACAAAAGUUAUAUGUGAUGGGUCCCAAGUAUGAUCCAAACGAACCUGAUCGACACUGCACGGAAAUCAUUGUACAAUCUCUUUACUUGAUCAUGGGACGGGACUUGGAAUCAUUACCUGAAGUUAGUGCUGGAAACGUUUUCGGUAUUGGUGGACUGGAAGGACAUUUACUGAAAAAUGGUACUUUGGCAAGUACCAAGAAGGAUGUGAAAAACAUGGCUGGAGUCACUUUGGAUUCUGCUCCUAUUUUGCGUGUGGCCCUUGAACCCGAAGAUCCUACAGAAAUGAACAAGCUUGUGGAAGGAUUACGAUUACUGAAUCAAGCCGAUCCAUGUGUACAAGUCAUGUUGCAAGAAACUGGAGAACAUGUGAUUCUGACUGCUGGUGAAUUGCAUCUGGAACGCUGUUUGCGUGAUUUGAAGGAACGAUUUGCAAAGAUCAACAUUCACGUCUCUGCUCCAAUUGUUCCUUUCCGUGAAAGUAUUGUUGUCAACCCUGAAGUAUCUAUGGUCAAAGAUUUGAAUACUACUGAUGUUGCCCCAGUCACGGUUCCUCGAGGCUCCUUUUCUCUUACCACGACUUCCAAAUUGGUGACGCUUCAAGUCCGUACUGUGCCUCUUCCUCCACGUGUGACUGAAUUAUUGACAAGUAAUGCAACUACUAUUAAGAACAUCAUCGAUCAAAAAUUAGCUAGGAGAAAGAUACUUUUGGAGACAACAACCACAGAAGAUGUCGAGGAUGAAAAGAAGGUAUUGGAACUCAAUGAGACUGGUUUAGACAAGGUGCUCAGUGCCAAGGAAUUACAAGAUCAAUUACGACAAGCAUUUAAUGAUGCUCAAAAGGAAGGAGGUCCCUUUGCUAGUUUAUGGGAAAACAUUGUGGAUCAUAUUUGGGCUUUUGGACCUCGACGAAUUGGUUCCAACUUGUUAAUUAAUCGAGUGCCUGGAUAUAUCCGAAAACCAUUCUUCGAAUCAACAGAAACGACUUUAUCUACAACAACAGUAACGGAACAAGAUAUAUCGGAAGAUCAUGCUGAUGAAGUACUUAAAGUGGAACAACAAGAAGAUGAUACCAUGAUCAAGGCUCUUUCUAUUUUGGAUAUUGAUUUCCAUAUUCAUACUGGUUUCCAACUCUCGACUUUAACAGGACCUUUAUGUGCUGAACCUAUGACUGGUGUUUGUUAUAUUGUAGAAAAUGUCAUUGUGAACAAAGAAGCAAUGAUUGGUUCCAAUGGUGAAUUGAUGGAUGUACGAUCGAAAUUAGGACUUAUUCAAGGUCAGGUUAUUUCAGUAAUGAAAGAUGCAUGUAGACAAGGUUUUUUGGAUUGGUCUCCUAGAUUGUUGUUGGCAAUGUAUACGUGUGAUAUUCAAACUUCUGAGGAUGUACUGGGUCGUGUUUAUGGUGUGAUUUCAAAACGAAAGGGUAAAAUCAUUUCGGAAGAUUUGAAGGAUGGUACUCCAUUUUGGCAAAUCAGUGCUUUACUUCCUGUAGUAGAAAGUUUUGGAUUUUCUGAUGAAAUACGAAAACGAACAUCUGGUGCUGCUAGUCCUCAACUUGUAUUUAGCGGAUUUGAACUAUUGGAUCAAGAUCCAUUUUGGGUACCAACAACUGAAGAAGAAUUAGAAGAUUUAGGUGAUAAAGCUGAUAGAGAUAACCUGGCCAGAAAGUAUAUGGACACUGUUCGAAAAAGAAAGGGAAUGUUUGUGGAGAAAAAGCUAGUGGAACAUGCUGAAAAACAAAGAACUUUGAAGAAAAACUAGAUAAUCUAUAUAUAUAUUUACCCCUACCUAUAAUUUUAUGCAUUUAUCCAUUUUACAAAGUCUAAAACAAAUAAAAAAAAAAAAAACAUUUUCAAUUUUCC